UGAUAGUCAUUUCCAUUUAGUAAGUGUCGUCUGAAUGGCGUGAUAACAGAGAUUUUCCGCCAUGGAACGUUGUGUUUCAGUUUUCCUGCUGCUCUUUGUGACAGUUGGCUCUUUGUGGUCCUUCGCCGCGUCAGAGAUUCGCCCGUUGCAGAAGAGAUCUGUGGAAGUAGCUGAUCAACUCCGUUUGGAAGAUGAACUUAAAAGAGUCAAGCGUCUUCAGGAAGACGAGGAAUUGUCCAGAGUAAAGCGUUUUAACGAUAAAGAGUUGUCGCGUCAGAAAAGGACCGAUGUGCGCAGUAACAAUGACGCCUUGUCGAGGGUAAAACGCCUUAAGAGGGCAAUUCUGGAGAGAAAAUUAGAAAGAGACAUUGCACUUCAUCGAAUGAAACGGGGCGAAGUGGAACAUUCCUCAAAACACGCAGCACACAAAGAGAAAAAAGAAGCGAAAAGGCUUCAUAAAAAAGUUAAUGACAAGAGGGAAUUCAAGAAGAAACGCAUGGAAAUGGCAAUGAAGAGACGCGGACAGCUGGGAGAACAUCGAGUUAUGAAAAAGGGGGAUCCAAAAUUUCACCGAAAAGGGCACCGAGGCCAGUUUAGGAACCGAAUGAUGAAGCAUCAUAGAUUUAACAGCAGUGACCGGAAACGACAGAUGAGAAACCUCCUUAAACGUCAUCAUGUACAGCACCACCGUCGAAAUGAUGUCAAAAAACCAAAACGUCAUAACAAAAGGAGCUAGGGGAGGGAAAUUUGUACAUACAUUUUAAACACAGAGUGUUGUUUCUGUUGAAGUCUGCUGUAUUUCUGUUUGUUGUUUUUAUUUCGUAGAGAGGAUCCACCAAGCGCACAUGCUGUUAUUUAAAAUUCCAUACAUAGAGAUUGUUAAUUUUGAUCCAUAUUGUUCUUACAUAAGAUGCAACACCUUUUUGACGUUUAUUUACCUUUGUCAGCAGUUUUUCUAUACCCCUAUACGUAUUUUUGGUACCAAGGUCCUUUUAUGUUUUUAUUUUUACUAAUGUAAAAUCCAUAUUUUGAAUAAAAUUUUGGAGUAAAUCUA